AGAAGAAGCCAGCAUUUACCAAUUGUAUUAUGUUUUGCAGAGCUGUAGGGUGGGACUUCCCGUGUCGAAUGUUUACCGUUCCAGGAACAGCUAUUCGGAUUUACUGUACAGGUUAAUACGGCAUAAGAGAAGACUGUAAUCUGACCUGGAGCAAAGUACACAUUUAACAUUGGCCAUAACGCGAAGCGUUUUAGGUACUUAUAUGUGCGGUAACAUCAUGUCAGCGCCCCUGCCAGCAAUUGUGCCCGCCGCUUGUAGAGCCACAGCCGCUGUCAUAUUCCUCCAUGGCUUGGGAGACACAGGACAUGGAUGGGCUGAAGCUAUGGCUGGGAUCAGGACACCUUAUGUCAAGUACAUUUGCCCUCAUGCACCUGUCAUGCCUGUCACCCUCAACAUGAACAUGGCAAUGCCUUCCUGGUUUGACAUAAUUAGUCUCCAUCCCAAUGCAGAGGAAGAUGAAACUGGAAUUAAAAGCGCUGCUGAAAGCGUUAAAGCACUGAUUGAUCAAGAAGUUAAGAAUGGUAUUCCAUCUCAUAGAAUUGUGCUGGGAGGAUUCUCUCAGGGUGGAGCCCUAUCUCUCUACACUGCUUUGACAACUCAUCAGAAGCUGGCUGGUGUGGUUGCUCUCAGCUGCUGGUUGCCCCUCAGGAACUCACUAUCAGAGUCAGUGAUAAGCAAUAAUAAGGACAUAUCGGUGCUGCAGUGUCAUGGCGAAGCAGAUCCUCUGGUUCCUCUCAUUUUUGGCAGUCUGACUGUAGAAAAACUCAAAGCCAUGCUGAAUCCUUCCAACAUCACUUUUAAAACAUAUUCUAGAAUGCCUCACAGUGCAUGUCCUGAGGAAAUGAUGGACAUCAAGCAGUUUAUUGAGAAACAGCUGCCCAAAAUCAAUUAAUCAAUUGGCCAUUUGACAAAAGAAGUACAAGAAUUCUUACCUUCGUAGUGUACUUAUUAUGAUAAUGUAUUAAAA